AUGGCUAUCGAGUAUCCGUACACCUUUGCACUGCUAGUUCCUCUGGACGCGUGGCGACGGCGCCACUGGGCAGUUGUGCUCUCUUCGUCGGUGUUGCUCAUCACGAAUCUUGUCGUCGUCCCACUAAUAUCAGGUAUAUUCGAAGAGAAGGUUCUGGAAGAAUCGCUUCAAGGGACGGCAGUUCGGUAUGGGAUUACAAACAACAUCGAUACUACAUUGAGCACCAAAUUCACCUAUUCCGCCUUUGACGCAGCAUGGAUGAGUGGCUCCCUCCCUCCGUUUACGACAAACGAGUAUGCAUUGGCUCCAAUAGGACAAACCCAUGGGCGUGGAAGGUGGGGGAAGGAGUUAUGGAUCGUCAAUACUGAGCUUUACGAAGCGACUCUGGAGUGUGAGGCUGCCGGAAGAGUGAGGAUAGGGUAUACCGGGGACAGGAACGUUGGCGUGAAUAUCACUAGUGCGGACGGAAAAGAAGUUGUGAGAUUCUGUGACCUGGACUCUUGGUUUGAUGGAAGGUUGAAAGAUUAUGAGAUGACAUAUUGCGAUGAAUACACCGAAUUCAUAACGCCAUGGACCAGUAUAGCAUAUCAGCUCCGCCUUGGUCGUUAUAUGUUUGCGUGGGCACGCGGUGGAGGACUUCCUAAAGGCUUGAGUACUAGCAACUCAACAAGGUACACGCUGCCACAGGAGAUAAACGCGGUCUUUUGCAACACAAAAUACUGGCGGCAGGACGUCGUAGCGAAUAUUACAAUGCCUUCGGGGCAUAUUGAGGGUACCACUAAAAAGGGCGAACGGAAAGAAAUCCCGAUGUUUGGGAGCUUUGAGAGAAGCUUAAAUGGGACAGUGGAUGCACCCUCCAGCGCACGAUUCAGAGAACCCGUAAAAGCGGAUCUCGUGGGGUUUGGUUACAAACCGGUGCAGCCACCAGACGUCGAUAAUCAACUGAAGCAGAGAUUUGGAUCUAGACCAGACGGGUGGGAUACAUACUACGUGAGGUCCAAUGGGAGCAGUAGCAGCGUUUAUAUGAAAAAUAAGUAUUCCCUUUCAGGGUUUUCGUUAUACUCGGAGAAGGAUAACAAAACGUUGGAUAAGAUGCUGGACAAAGAAACGUUGAUAGAGACUUAUGAAGGUGCGCUCAAGAUGUUAUUUUCAGUUGCGGUUAGUACUGAAUUGGUACUUCAAAACGACACGGUAAAUAUACCGGUGACAAGGAGAGUAGCCACAAGGGGGUUUGGGGUGAACAAGGCAUGGGCACAGGGCACACUUGCGGGGCUCGCUUUUACGAUGGUACUGGUAGCAAUGUUGACGGUAGUCUUAAGGCGAAGACCUUGUAACCUCGAUGGCGAACCAAACAGCAUUGCAGCAGCACUCAGGCUUUUGUAUCACAGCCCCGAGCUGUGUAGGAAGAUGGAAAAUUCAGAGUUUCAUUCACCAAGAAAGAUACAAGAGGUUCUGGAUGGUGGUGAUGAGAGAUAUAAGCUUGAGCUUGUUCCUGGAGAGGGUCCUCGAAUAAGAGUUUUCGGGGGUGAUGGGGGGUCCACUAAGAGGUUACUUUCUCCGCCUGAAGAAACAUACUACCCUUCUGCUUAUAACCAAAAACCCUGGGCGUUGCGCAUGGUCCCUGGUGUUUCGUUCCUCACUUGCUUUAUUCUGGUUACAUUAAUUCUCAUUGCCACGUUCUCCUACGCUCGAACUCAUGAUGGUAUCCCCAUGCCCGGCUCGAUCAACUCCUUCGCGUACAAGUUUUUGUUCAGUUAUCUCCCUCUUGCGGUUGGUAUGGCUAUAGAGCCGGUCCUCGUUACUCUAGGUGCCUCCCACGCAAUGAUCGCUCCAUACCGUGCACUCACACGCGGAAGAGCCUAUGCAUCUCGAUCAGUCACAAUUGACUAUGACAAAUCCCCACCUCACUUCCAACUUAUACGCUCUCUACGCUCCGGAAAUUACAUCCUUGCCUCUCUGACCCUUUCAAUACUCCUCAGUAAUGUACUGGCGGUUGCUCUUGUGGGUCUCUAUUACGCCUCCGCAGCAAGCGUGGUCACGCCAUAUUCCCUGAAGGUUAUUGGUGACUUCAACGCUACCGGAAACGAAAUGUAUUAUCUGUUCGAUAAGAACCUCGGAGGCUCACUCAGGCAAACAUGGACAACAAACGAGUACUAUGUUGUCCUUCCUCCGUUUGCGCGGGGCGCAAAUGGUAUGCAAGAAGAGUACCCAACACAAGCUAUAGGCGUGUCGGUAUCCUGCUCUCAUGUCCCUGCUGACAGAAUAUCCUAUUCUUGUGUACCUUCCGGGCUCAACAUGUCCUACGAGGAACCUCAAUGUAGUACCAUGGAUUUGGGCGACUGGAAUCAUGUCUAUAUCCACGAUCCAUGCGGGGCCUCUACAGAUCACUCUCUCCGCUACGCAUGGAAUAAUCCGACGGGUGACUCAAUAGUUCGUACGACAAACUGCUCAGACUACUUUUUCCCCAUCUGGGUAGAGAGGCCGAUGGAUCCAGAACCAAAAAAUAGAACUGUUCCAUGGGUCAAUGAUUUUAGAUCGGUGGUGAUGAACUGCAGCGCAGUGGAGGAAGUAAAAAAUGUUACCGUUACAGUGAAAGAUGGCCAAAUACUCAAGCUAAAUCCUGUCCAUGAUUAUAAUCAGGACCAGAUAAAGGAAUUAUAUACCAGAGGCACUGUGGGCCUCAGUAACAGUUUCACAACAAUAAUCGAAGCUGCCAUUAAUAAUACGAGAACCAACAACUAUAUCGCUUGGUUCAGUUACCUCAUGUUAUCAAUCUCCCCGGACCUUGCCUCCCCAACCCUUUCGCACCUUCCGAACUCGACGUUUGCCCCAGCGGCUUUUUCGAAAGUCUACUCGCGGCUCUUUGCUAUCAAUCUUCGCCUCUACGAUUCCAGUCUCAUAUCCACCUCUGGAACUAAGGACAUGGGGAUGGUUGAUAGAGUAUAUGUGAGCACACACUGGUUCAUCGUGUCUAUUAUUAUUCUCGCAUGGGCGGUGGUAACAAUGGCACUACUAUAUGGGAAGGAGAGGGGGGUUAAAGGGCAGAUGCCUAGUAAGCUAGUUGGAGUGUGGGCUCAUUUAUAUCGGAGCAAUGCGAAGGAAGAGUGUGCCGAUGUACAGGGCGCAAAUCCAAGUGAGAGGGGGCGCGAGCUCAGGAAAAGGGGGAAUCGAUAUGGAUAUGGACCCUUUGAGGGUGGGAAGCAUGUGGGCGUAUAUCGAGAUGAGGGGUUGGAAGUGGGUGGGGGUAUUGAAAUGGAUAGGUGGAGAAGUUGGACGAGUACAUUGGAUGAGCGAUAA